AUGAUGAAGUUAACUAUUACAAUAAAAAUGAUGACGACGAUGAUGAUGGCGAUGACAAUGACGUUAACGAUGGCGAUGAUGCUGACGAUGACGAUGACGACGAAGAUGACGAUGACGUUGACAAUUACUAUAACGAUGUCGAUGAAUGACGAUGACUUUGACGAUGAUGAUGGCAAUGAUGAUGACGAUGACGAUGACGUUGAUGAUGACGAUGAACGAAGAUGA